AUGCCGAAACGAACUACGCACACCUACUCCAGCGAGGAUGCAGCUCCCGAUGGCCCUGAUUCGGAUCUAUUCGUCUAUUACUGCAAGCACUGUGGCUCCCAUGUCCUCAUCACUGAUACCCAGUUGCAGAAAAUGCCCAAAAGGAAGACUGACAAAUCUUAUGUGUUGGACAAGAAGAAGCAUCUGGCCAGGCUCAACAUUAACGAUGGUGGAAAGGUUCUCUUGAAGAGGGGAGAAGGGAAAUUGGAGAAGCAAUUUCGUAUGAACUGCAUGGGUUGUGGCCUAUUCGUCUGUUAUCGUGCCGAAGAAGAUAUAGAAACUGCUUCCUUUAUAUAUGUAGUUGAUGGUGCCCUUAGCACAGUUGCUGCUGAAACAAACCCUCAGGAUGCUCCAGUGCCACCCUGCAUAUCACAAUUGGAAGGAGGACUUGUCCAGGUGGCCAUAGAGGUGGAGGACCGUGCACAACGAUCGGCAAUAACAAGGGUUAAUGCUGAUGAUGUUCGAGUAACUGUGGCAGCCCCUGCAGCCCGCGGUGAAGCUAACAAUGAGCUUCUAGAAUUCAUGGGCAAAGUUUUGGGUCUAAGGCUAAGCCAAAUGGCUCUACAAAGGGGAUGGAACAACAAAUCAAAGCUCUUAGUUGUCGAGGAUUUAUCUGCUAGACAGGUGUAUGAGAAACUUCUGGAAGCAGUGCAACCGUAG